AUUCUCCACAAUGAUGUUCAUCACCAUUUUCUUGGUUUGGAUGUUCUUCGUCCCUGUUGUCAAUUCUGAUUAUUACCCUCCCAUGGAUUAUGUCACUUCGACAGUUGGACCCGAGGUAAGCACCUGGCCUGAGGAUCAAAUCUGCCCGUGCAAGAACUUUACCAGCAGAAUCAAUUAUUAUUCAAGAGACACAAUGUUAUACAAUGAGGGAAAGGGAUGCACUAUAAGUGCUACAUGCCCAUCUAAUCAUUACCCCGUUGCGGAUACAGUUGCAAGUUGGUCCGGCCUCCCGAGUCUUCCGAGUGACAUAAGAGAUGGCCUAAUCGUGAUUAUGAUUCAACGAUGCGCGGCAAUCGUCAAUUUUUGCAACUUUGGGUUUUAGAAUUUCCUACUAUCAGGAAUUCCGGCAGUUGUCGAAAUUACCUAAAUUGCCUGAAAUUCGAUUGCCGUGCACCCCAGUAUGAAUGAUAUUCUUAUUCAAAAAAGUUUCCGUUUUUCAGUUUUUCAAAACACUUACCGUAUUUUUCCCUCAACUUUGGAACAGUAACCAAUUUUUUAUAGAAAAAUUAAAAAUAUAUACUUUUUCAAUAAUUCAUCAAUUAUUUGAAAGGUCUUUUAGUUUGAUUUGUCACAAAAAAUGCCAAACGUUGACAUUUCCGCAAAGCAUUAGACGCUAAUUUUUUCAAGUUCAGUAUGCUUCAAUGUGGAAUCGAACGCUCUAUAAUCAACUUCCGCCCACUAACCCUGAUUUCGUAUCUCUGUUGGGAAUACAAUGUGCCUGCGAUACGAAGUCGCUUGUCAAUGACAGAUGUUUUGCAUAUUUCUGGUACAUUACCAGAUACCCGUUCGGGUAUUAUUAUUUCGACAAUAGAGGCAAAAAGAUUGUCGUUAAUGAAAAGAUUGACAACGUCAGAUCCACCUUUAUCUCAAUGUCUUGCAAAGAAUGGCCGUGAAAGGGACAGAAGUCGUGUAUUGUGUCGAUUGUCGUAAUAAAUGGUUAUCAUACACUCAUUGUUCAAUGUCGUUGCAAAAACGUUAAUAUAAAUGUUUAA